AUGAUUACCUGGCACGAUUUGUACGUCGUUCUGACAGCGGUGAUUCCCCUGUACGUGGCCAUGAUUCUGGCAUACGGCUCGGUGCGUUGGUGGAAGAUCUUCACCCCGGACCAGUGCUCGGGCAUCAACCGGUUCGUGGCGGUGUUCGCCGUCCCCCUCCUCUCCUUCCACUUCAUCUCCCAGAACAACAUCUACACCAUGAACUUCCGCUUCAUAGCCGCCGACACCCUCCAAAAAAUCAUCAUGCUCGCCGUCCUCGCUCUGUGGGCUAACCUCAGCCGCCACGGAAGCCUCGAGUGGUCCAUCACCAUCUUCUCCCUCUCCACUCUACCCAACACCCUCGUCAUGGGGAUUCCCCUCCUCAUAGCCAUGUACGGGGACUACUCCGGCAGCCUCAUGGUCCAGGUGGUCGUCCUCCAGUGCAUCAUCUGGUACACUCUCCUCCUCUUCCUCUUCGAGUACCGUGCCGCCAAGACCCUAAUCUCCGACCAGUUCCCGGACACGGCCGCUUCUAUAGUCUCCUUCAAGGUUGACCCAGACGUGGUCUCCCUGGACGGGCAGGACUUCCUCGAGACGGACGCCCAGAUCGGGGGCGACGGCAAGCUCCACGUCACAGUUCGAAAAUCCAAUGCCUCUCGCCGCUCUUUCUCCGGCCGCCCAUCCAACCUCACCGGAGCCGAGAUCUACAGCUACUUUCCGCAGGCCGCCUCCUAUCCGGCCCCCAAUCCCGAAAUCUCGUCCAAGACUGGGAAAAUCCAAAUCCAGCAGCACCCAGGAAAGGCUGCUGCUGCACACAAUAGUCAUGACGCAAAAGAGCUUCACAUGUUCGUCUGGAGCUCCAGCGCGUCUCCAGUGUCCGAAGCCGCCGCCACCGGGAGCGGGCUUCACGUGUUCGGUGGCCCCGAUUUCAGUGCCUCCGAGCAGUCGGGUCGAUCGGAUCCAGGCGCCAAAGAAAUCAGGCUACUCGUUGCUGAUCAUCCUCAAAAUAGUGAGCCAAAAGGGGACCACGGUGGAGAUGAGUUCAGCUUUGGCGGAGCAGGAAACGAACGUGGGAAUGAGGAAAAAGACAAGGAAAGAGCAAAUGGGCUGUCCAAACUGGGCCCAAACUCGACGGCCGAUCUCGACCAGAAGGCCGCCGGAGGACAUGAAGCGGGCCCGGGAAAGAACAUGCCGCCAGCCAGCGUGAUGACGCGCCUCAUCUUGAUUAUGGUGUGGCGCAAGCUUAUCCGCAACCCCAACACAUACUCCAGCCUCAUUGGACUAAUUUGGUCAUUAGUCUCCUACAGGUGGGAUGUGCAUAUGCCUAAAAUUCUUGAAGAAUCAAUUAAGAUACUCUCUGAUGCUGGCCUUGGAAUGGCUAUGUUUAGCUUGGGCUUAUUUAUGGCUCUUCAGCCUAAGAUAAUUGCAUGUGGGAACACGGUGGCUUCUUUCGCCAUGGGCGUCAGGUUCCUCACCGGCCCUGCAGUUAUGGCUGCCGCCUCCAUUGUUGUCGGCCUUCGUGGCACUCUUCUCCACGUUGCAAUUGUGCAGGCCGCACUCCCACAAGGGAUUGUCCCCUUUGUUUUUGCAAAAGAGUACAAUGUUCAUCCAGCCAUUCUUAGCACCGGGGUCAUAUUUGGGAUGUUGAUUGCACUACCGAUUACACUAGUUUAUUACAUUCUUCUUGGCUUGUAA